CGCUGCGGGCGAUGGCGGCGGUGCUGGCGCGCGGGUUGGCGCGCGUCUGGGUGGCGCGGGCGCGCGCUGGGCAGCGCUGCCGCUGCGCGGCCGGCGGGCAGGACGGAGAGGUGGGCAAGGCGCAGCGGGUGGCCGCCGAGGGGGGGACGGAGCCCACCAUCUUCAGCCGGAUCAUAGCCCGCAGCGUGCCGGCCACCAUCCUGUAUGAGGAUGAUGAGUGCCUGGUGUUCCGCGACGUGGCUCCGCAGGCGCCCGUCCACUUCCUAGUGAUCCCCAAGCGCCCCAUCCCUCGGCUGAGCCGCGUGGGUCCGCAGGAUGCGCAGCUUCUGGGACACCUGAUGGUGGUGGCAGCGCGCACGGCACAGGCGGAGGGGCUGUCUGACGGCUACCGGCUGGUCAUCAACGACGGGAAGCACGGUGCCCAGUCGGUGUACCACUUGCACCUCCACGUGCUGGGUGGGCGGCAGAUGAACUGGCCCCCCGGCUGAGGUCCCCCGCCCCCCUUAGGUUACCCCACAAUAAAGUUUCUUGGGGACACGCA